AUAAAAAGCUUUAUUCAGUACGAAAGCAUGGCGCACAAUUGUGUAAUGUUGAUAUUCGAUCGCUGCUGUCUUUACUCAAUUGUUAAAUCACGUGUCAUAAUUGUCGGGCAGCCAUGAUGGACGGACUAGAUGACAGUCCCGACCUUUUAGGCGGUGAUCAGAACAAGAGCCGUUCAGAAACAGUUGAUUUAUCCACAGACUCGUCCCUUGUUGUUGAUAUUUCAGAUGCUCUUAGUGAAAGAGACAAAGUAAAGUUUACUGUCCAUACAAAGACAACUCUUCCUCAGUUUCAAGAGCCAGAGUUUUCUGUAGUUAGACAACAUGAAGAAUUUAUAUGGCUUCAUGACCGUUAUGUUGAAAAUGAAGAAUAUGCUGGCAUUGUCAUUCCUCCUGCCCCUCCACGGCCAGACUUUGAUGCCUCUCGAGAGAAGUUACAAAGACUGGGGGAAGGGGAAGGUAACAUGACAAAAGAAGAAUUUACUAAGAUGAAACAAGAACUAGAAGCUGAAUACUUAGCUACGUUUAAAAAGACUGUUGCUAUGCAUGAAGUAUUUUUACAAAGAUUAGCUGCUCACCCAACACUUCGUGGGGACGUAAAUUUCCAAGUCUUUCUGGAAUACAGCCAAGAUCUAAGUGUCAGAGGCAAAAAUAAGAAAGAGAAACUUGGAGGUUUUUUCAAGAGCAUUACAAAAUCAGCUGAUGAGGUUCUUCUUUCUAAUCAAAAGGAUGUAGAUGACUUUUUUGAACAACAGAAAACCUUCCUAGUGGAGUACCAUGUAAAGAUUAAAGAUGCAGCCACCAAAAGUGACCGGAUGACUAAAACACAUAAAAAUGUUGCUGAUUGUUACAUACAAAUUUCUUCUGGAUUUGUCCAGAUUGCAACAAUUGAAAACACAGAAUUGGAAAAAAUUUUCACUCGGUUAACUGAAGCCUUAGAGAAAGCAAGAAAACUUGAAGGACGAGUGGCAUCAGAUGAAGAUUUGAAAAUUAGUGACACAUUGCGUUAUUAUAUGAGAGAUUCUGCUGCUGCUAAAGAUCUGCUGUAUCGCCGAUCACGGGCGCUUGCUGACUACGAACAGGCCAACAAAGCGUUGGAUAAAGCUAGAACAAAAAAUAAAGAUGUUGCUUUGGCUGAAAAGAACCAAUUGCAAGCUUUUGAAAAAUUUGAGAAAAUAUCAGACAAUGCUCGGAAAGAAUUAACAGAAUUUAAGACUCGGAGGAUAGCUUACUUUCGGAAGAAUUUUGUUGAACUAGUUGAAUUAGAACUAAAACAUGCAAGAGCUCAGCUCCAGUUGUUGAAGAAUUGUAUUGUUGCUAUGAAAGAAGAAUCUUAAUCAAAUGAAAGAUCUUUUGAAAAAUGUGGACAUAUAUAUGAAAAGUUUAUAUUCUGAACAAAAAGCCCCCC